UACCGUGUAUUGCAGUCAACCUCAUUUUGGACUAUAAUCUGUCUUUCUCUCUCAUCAAACCUUGCUCGACGACAAUGGCGAUUCGAACACAUUCGAUUCUCGCUCUAACCCUUUCGAUACUGGUUUGUUUUGCCGAAUCGGGUGGUGAUACGAACUUGGUUUACUCUCCAUGCAACGAUGCUUCGGUUCAGAAGGACGAUGGGUUCAGUUUCGGAAUUGCUUUUGCUGCGAGGACUGCCUUUUUCUUCAACAACUCGCUCCAGUUAUCGCCAUGUGAUAAGAGGCUCUCUUUGAGUUCGUCGAAUUCUCAGCUCGCUGUGUUCCGACCCAAGGUCGAUGAAAUCUCUCUGCUCACCAUCAACACCACCAACUUCUCUCCGGAUUCAUAUGGUGGGUAUAUGGUGGCAUUUGCUGGUAGAAAAUAUGCAGCAAGGUCUAUCCCUGCUUUCGUUGCGAACAGCACAUACAUUGUAACCAGCUUUACUCUGGUUCUCGAAUUCAAGAAGGGUAGGCUGCAGAACUUGUAUUGGAAGAGAGAUGGCUGUGCUUCAUGCUCAGGCAACUCUAAUUUUGUUUGCCUCAACAACCAGGACUGUGCAAUCAGAAUGAGUAGCUGUAAGAACCAAGGGGGUUCUGUGGAUUGUAGUCUUGGGAUACAAUUGGCGUUUUCUGGCACAGAUAAGCACGAUUCUGUUUUCAACUCGUGGUAUGAAGUGGAGAAGCUUCGUCAGUACUCCCUUUAUGGCCUUUAUUCAAAUCUCAGGGAUUCUCUCACUAGCCAAUACAACAAGUUCUUCUAAUCAUGUUUCAGAUGUUUUGUACAUUUUUUUUAUGAGGUAUGUUGUAUUUUUCAUUUUCAUGUCUCCUUGUGUUGUUUCUCUCUUUUUCUUCCUUUUGGCAGCAGACCCAACGUUUCUUAAUGUCUUUUUACAUCUUGGGAUGUUCUUGAAAGAGUGGUGUAAAUUUCUACAUUGCGACGAGAGAGAGAUUAUAUCUCAAUUUAAUGUAGAUUUUUCCUGAAUAUUUCCUCGUUGAUCGUUCUUAUCAAUGGAUCUAUUUUGUGAAUUCGAG